AUGUGGAAGGGCAGGAACCAGGAAGCCAUCAUCGAGGGGACAGGUGGAGAACUGGGGGGACCCGGGAGCUGGGGUCCGGAAGAUGCAGCAGGCCUCUUGGCCAGGGCCUCUUUGACUAUCAUGUUUCCAUGGCCACUGCCCCUAGGCUCCUCAGCUCUUACUGUGCUCCUGGGAGCCCUCACUUCUCUGUUUCUAUGGUACUGCUACCGCCUGGGCUCCCAAGACAUGCAGGCCCUGGGUGCUGGGACCCGAGCUGGAAGUGUUAGUGGUGGACCUGAUGUAUGCUCUCAGACUGGCCCAAGAGGCUCUGGGGAUCCUGGGGAAGGACCCAGGGCAGAGGGUCUAGUGAGCCGGCGACUUCGGGCCUAUGCCAGGCGCUACUCCUGGGCUGGGAUGGGCAGGGUGAGGCGGGCAGCUCAUGGAGGCUCUGGCCAAGCAGGAGGGACAGGGGGCCUGGGCAUUCAGAGACCAGGCCUACUUUUCCUACCAGACCUGCCUUCGUCCCCCUUUGUGCCACGUGAUGCCCAGAGGCAUGACGUGGAGCUCCUACAGAGCAGCUUCCCUGCCAUUUUGAGGGACUUUGGGGCUGUAAGCUGGGACUUCUCAGGGACUGCCCCUCUGCCUCGGGGCUGGUCCCCACCCCUGGCCCCUGGGUGCUACCAGCUCCUGCUGUACCAAGCUGGCCGGUGCCAACCCAGCAACUGCCGGCGGUGCCCAGGAGCCUAUCGCGCACUGAGGGGGCUGCGGAGCUUCAUGAGUGCUAAUACCUUCGGCAAUGCUGGCUUUUCCGUUCUCCUGCCUGGGGCCCGGCUUGAGGGCCGCUGUGGACCCACCAAUGCCCGGGUUAGAUGCCAUCUGGGCCUGAAGAUCCCCCCUGGCUGUGAGCUGGUUGUUGGUGGUGAACCUCAAUGCUGGGCUGAAGGACACUGUCUCCUGGUGGAUGACUCCUUCCUACACACAGUGGCUCAUAAUGGAUCCCCUGAAGAUGGGCCUCGAGUGGUCUUCAUUGUGGACCUCUGGCACCCCAACGUGGCUGGGGCUGAACGCCAAGCUCUUGACUUUGUCUUCGCACCAGACCCUUGA